AUGGAACUAGUUUAACUCACGGAGUGUUUAUAACCAAACAGAUCGUAUUUUCAUGUCUGAGGACUGGCGGCUCCCUCUAGCGGCCGCAGCGCUUCACUCCUCCGCUAAUAAACCGGGGGGGGGCGCGGUGUCUCAGCUCGGUGUGGAGAAUAUAACAUUAGUUUAUGAAGUUUAUAAUAUUAUGGAGCUCUGCAGCGGCGCCGCGAACCCGCAGCGCUCAGUAUUUAUGAGGGUUUAGAGAGGAGAGCCGCUUUAACGGGAUGCCUGCUGGUGCUUUAGCUUUAGCUCCCAUUGGCCUGUACUGUUCCCAGCUAACUCCAGCUAGCCCGGCUCAUAUACCCAGCUAAGCUAAGCUGUGUUUGGUAGCCGGUUGUCAGGACUAGGGAGCGGGUUUUGGCAGUUUCCCCGGUUAUUAUAAUGGACACGAACGUGCAGAAACGGCGAGAGAGUAAGAAAUCUCUGCGGGUGAAGGUGAUCAGCCUUGGAAACGCGGAGGUCGGGAAGAGUUGCAUCAUCAAGAGGUACUGCGAGAAACGAUUUGUACCCAAAUAUCUGGCAACAAUUGGGAUCGAUUAUGGAGUGACCAAGGUUCAAGUUCGGGACAGGGAAAUAAAAGUCAACAUUUUUGACAUGGCGGGGCAUCCUUUCUUCUAUGAGGUGCGUAACGAGUUCUAUAAGGACUCUCAGGGCGUGAUCCUGGUGUACGAUGUGGGUCUGAGGGAGAGCUUUGACGCGCUGGACAGCUGGCUCACCGAGAUGAAGCAGGAGAUGGGCUCUCAGGCCAACAUGGAGAGUAUCAUCUUUGUUGUGUGUGCAAACAAGGUGGAUCUGACUAAAAGGCGUGUGGUGGACGAGAGUGAAGGCCGGCUGUGGGCAGAAAGCAGAGGUUUCCAUUAUUUUGAGACGUCUGCUCAGAGUGGAGAGGGUAUCAGUGAGAUGUUUCAGGCUUUCUUCUCCUCCAUAACGGACAUGUGUGAGAACGGGGGGAAGAAGCCUCCCCCGGAGGUCAGCAUAGGCUUCACCAAGGAGCAGGCCGACACCAUCCGCCGCAUCCGCAACAGCAAAGACAGCUGGGACAUGCUGGGGGUCAAACCAGGAGCCACCAGGGAGGAAGUCAACAAGGCAUACAGGAAGUUGGCUGUUCUGCUGCACCCGGAUAAGUGCGUGGCUCCAGGCAGCGAAGACGCUUUUAAAGCUGUGGUGAACGCUCGCACCUCUCUGCUCAAAAACAUCAAGUAGGAGUUAACGCAGAAACCUUGUAUACACGAGGAGCAACAACUCUCUACAGACUCGAACACAGGGGGAACCCCCACAGUCUCUCACUCUCACCUCUCAGACCAAGAGAACGUAGGUUUAUUAAAGUUCUGUAUAAAAGUGUAAAUUACCGUUACUGGUGUUCUGUGGAGUACGCUGUAAAAUACACGCACACAGAAGAAUGUAAAGAACAUAGUGUACAUUUAUCAGCUCUACUUGUAGUCCAUGGAGUUCUACCUGGUUACAUUUGCUAUAAAUGGAUCACUGCUGUAAUCUUUAUAAAAUAUUUUAUAAACAUAAAAUAUUCUAAACUUGACUCACCGUUAAAAACAUCUGCACCCAGAAGGAAUCAGCAUAAAGGAAUAAAAUUUCAUGUGUGGGCUUGACAUUGUGAGACAAUGUGGCUCAUUAAAGUUUCACGCUCGGCAGUGCAUGUGACCUAAGCAGGGCGGGGCUUAUUUCUGUAUCUAUGUAGGUGGGCUCCGUUGCAAGUGCUAGUGCCGUGUAGUCCUCAGAGAAGAUUUCUAAAGCAUUUCCAACAGCUGGAAGACUUCCAGAGGGGUCAUAGGUCAAAGGGUUGGUCUUAUUGGCAUAUAGACCACUGCAGUCAUGUCGUCAUUUUGUAGUCGGCAGCAUGUUGUUUAUACCCAUGUUUGGGGUUUUGUUUACCUAAACAUCACUGGAUCCUCAAAUUUCAAGAUCAUUUAAGAGUCGUAAUUAGAACAAUGCUAGCUUUAAGCUAAUGAACUGACCGCACAGCAGCAGAGAACGCGAGCAGACUUGAUUUGGAGUUGUUGAACAUAUUUAUUUGUUCUGGACUUAUUUAUUUACCACAGAAUGUGGUAAAGGCAAAUUUUUAAAAAGCCCCUGCGAGCUCUCUACGUCACGUGACUCGUGGUUACAUUACCAGAGAGAUGCGCUACGACAUAUGACAGAGGUAUAAGUUGGCCUUUAGACACAGAACCCCAAAAUAGGUGCAGCAGCAACAUCAGGGAGGAUCAGCGAGAUCCACACCAACCCCAGAGAGCUAGAACUGGCCGUGUGCAUGACAUGUGCCGAGUGAUCCAACUGUAGGAUUACAGACAUUCAGCAAGAAGUGAAGACCUCCAUGGUUCAUCCUGUUUGUGCCAGCACCGUUGGCAGACAGCUGCACAGCAUAGGACUUACAUGCACACAGACCAUUACAACAACUGUACGCCAGCCCACACAAAAGGUCUGGUGUCAUUGUGUGGGGUGAACUUUGGUACAAUACCACAUUUUUAAAAGCCCAACUUUACAUUAAUGAGGUCCUGCAACCGGUGCUCUUUUCCAACAGGACAAUACUCGUCCACACACUGCUGCUGUCGUAUUAAGAGCUUUAAGUCUUGAAGACACUGCAGAUACUAUUCAUGUCGAGCUGCAUCUCCAGACCUAUCCAUAAUUAUAGAAAAUGGGUGGGAUGCGUUUCUAUUGGAGGCUUUAUCAACACUCCACCCCUACCUCACAAUCUGCAAGAACUGUGUGAGAAUAUUGGAGCGGCAUGGAAUAGAUUAUCACAGGAGGAACAUUUGGAACCUCUGCAACUUCAUUCUGAGACGUCUGGCGUUAUACUUCUGUAUGUGUAGCUCAAUAAAUAUUUCUUAAGAGCAUACAAUUCUAAAAUGUCCUUCUGGGUGUGGCUGUUUUUGGCCAUGAGUGUAUAUAUAAAGAUAUUUAGGCUAUUAUUUAAAUAUGUAUCUAUUUGGUGUGGAAGUCAUGAUUAUCUACAGAAUAAACAUUGUAGAUAUUUCAGUCUGCUUGAAAACACUAAAAUAUUGUUUUUAUACCCGAAUAAGCUUUAUUGUCACAGCACCAUAUGUAACAUGUUUACAGUGCUGAAUAAUUUAUACAUCUUAUAACCGUUUAUUAAUUUAUUCUGCUUUUAUUAUACACUGGGUUAUUUUACUGGGUUACGGUGCCAAGAGUAAUGUAUUGUUAUGUUUACGUGUGAUUAUACUUUACACUACACUGUGUUAAAAUCAUAAUUUUAAGCCUGAUUCAAAGUCUGAUUUAUGACAUUUGUUUACACAGAAAAAAUAUCAUGAUAUCAUGUUAUCAUUGAUUGUGCUGUUUUUCAUGUACUAUAUCAGCGUGGAUUUCUAUAAUUUCAGUUCUUAAACUAAGAAAGAGAUGAAAAUAAAAGUUUAUUUACAUAUAUACAUAUAAUACGUAUAAUACAAAGUAUGAUGAAGCUGCAGGAUGUGGAGAAGCUAAAGAACUAAUGAGAUUGCUGCAUACAAAACACACAGAUCUGUUAAUUUAACACCAGGAAUUAAGUGAUCUGAUUGGGGCAGCUUUAGUUAGAGUCAGUUUCUCACUAAUAAAGAAAGUCCAGAACGUUGGGAUGUGACACAAUUCCAAUUUCAACAAUGUACAAUAAGUCUGUUACACAUGUGUACAUAUACUGCAUGAACAUUCAGAACAUAUUUUUAUAUGAAUAUAAAGUAAGACACUAUAUAAAGGAAUUGUCUUUUCUGUUCAUGUGCAGUGUAAGCAUCAUUUCUAUUUUUACAGUGUGUAUGUAGUAAUCUACAUAUAUAAAUAAUUUACAGUCUGUCUUUAAAAUAACAUGCAUUACUUCAGUUUUGAAGCAUUUUGUGGGCGUUAUAUGAUGGGUUGCCUUGUUUUCUCUGUUACGGUAUUUAUUUUUUAUUUUCUUGUUUUUAUUUAUUUAUCACUGUAAAUAUAUUUUGGUGACUUGCUGUGUUCAAAUAUAAAAGUAAUGAAUUGAAUUUGGUUUUGCAUAUUUUCAUCUAGAUAACAGGACGGCAGCUGAUAAUUAUUUUGGUAGUUGAUUAAUCAAUUGAUUAGUCUGCAGUGAUUCUCUCUGCAGUGUGUUUAGUUUGGUGCUGUUACAGAUGGAUUAUAAUCUAAUAAUUGAAUAAUAAAAUAACAAAUAAUUUUGUAAUCGAAGUUGAUUAGCACCAGUAAAUAGUGUGUACAGACUGUUAAAGUAAAUUAUUAUUAUUAUAAUAUUAUAUUAACUGCAUGCCUCAUAUUUGAUCAUGCUGGACUGCACUAUGUGAUCUGUACUGGUAGAGAUGAUGUAAACGCUGAUACCUUACGGUGGAGGGGGAUUUCUGAAUUAUUAUUUUGCUGCACAGUCACUUUUUCUGUUUGGGUUUUGUACUGUAAUAAAAGAUCAGUCACAGUG